CGCUCGAAAACGAAAGCUACUGCCUGUUUUGGGAAAAUUACAAAGAAAUCGCUGAGAGAAGAGAGAUUUUAGAAGCUGCAAGAAGUUGUGAAAGUCUUGUCAUCGCAGAGAGAAUUCACUGAGGCGUGCCAGAAAGAUGGCCACCAUGAUUUAUAUUGACCAGGAGAAUGGAGCUCUGACUACUCCCGCUAAACAACGAGGAAGGCUGCAGUCCGCUCCAGUAGGGAAUUUCCUGAAUGACAAGUCCUUGAAGACUCCCAUGGUAGAAAAGUCAAAGUUUGGCACGCCCUUGGCGUUCGGUCGCAAGGCGCUGGGGACCGUCAAUAAGAGAACCUCCAUUCCGUCCAACUCCCAGACGGUUCGGGAGAAGAUCAAAACCCCAGCGACACAAAAGAAAAGUGAAGUGAAGACGAAGCCACAGAACAAAGGGGAAGAAUACCCGGAGAUCGAGAACUUAAUCACAUACGAUCCACGCGAAUUUGAGACUUACGAGGUGCCAGAGGAGAUUCGGCUGAGCCACCUCAGUCUGGCAGGGCUGGCAACUUUCCCCCCAGUGCUGCCUGAGGAAGAUGAGUUCGAAACGUUUGACAUGUCCCCACCGCCGUCACCCUUAGAGGCCCCAAGAGAUGACCUCUCUGCAGAGCUGCAAUCCUUCCUACAGACAAUUGACGAGCUCACUAUUGAUCUGCCUCCUGAGCCAGAAUACUAA